AUGAACUCAACUGCAGCCAUCGACGCAGGUACCCAGCCAGCAGGCUCUCAACCGGUGACGGGCCAAUCCGUCUUCUGGGUUCUAGUAACACUGGCGACAGCGACGAUGUCCCAGCCUCCCCCAAGCAGCCAUCGAAUCAGCAAGGAAAUGGGCAGUAUUGACCUGCUCCGGUCAAUCCCCGGGGUCUGUCUUUUCGACGGCAUCGUCGACAGCAUCAUGCUUUGGAAGGCUCUCCUCAUGUUCUGUCUUGCCGUCUUCCCCCAGGCGACGAAAGUCUUCGCCAUGCGCGGUAUCCCGGUAUCGCAAGUCUGCGCCGCCGUCUUCUUCUUCGCUACAACAAUCCGCCUCAUCACCGAGCUAGGAGGCUUCGAGGUCCACGUCUGGCGUUCGGGUAACGACGCCAAAGCCGCGGGGAACCACUACUCUCCCCACGUCUUCCUCGUCGCAUUUGUCAGCCAGCUAGUCCUCUUCGUUUGGGUCUGCUGCAACCUCCCGGUGGACUCAAGCCCGUCCCUGGUCGCGGCGCGGGUCAUAGAAACACUAAGUUUAUUAUACCUCUUGGUGGUGGGCUUGAGCUGCGCGCAAUAUAUCGUCUGCAGGCCGCGCCGCCGGCAGCGCAACGUCCUGAGGAAAAUCGAGCCUCCCGCGGAGGAGAAUCUUCCGGGGUUCUGGCCUUGGUUUGUAGUGUCCGCUAUGUUCCAGACAGCGGUCAACAAGCGCCCGUAUGACGCCAUCAGCCGGUAUAACAUUGGGGUGCAGCGCUGCCUGUCUAUCGUUGGCGUGAGCAUCGCGAUAGUGAGAGUAAUGGGUGGUAUUGGGUACCUGAUCUCCCUGGGAAGAGAUCGCGUCGGUUUAAACAAGGAUGAUGACUAUGCGACGACCUCUCCUCAAGACGCGGGAGCGCAAAUGCCAGAGCAGCAAGAGACAGGUGGUGGACCCUCGAAAAGAGUCCCCUUCUCUUGGGACACGAUACACAAUGCCGUUCUAGACCAGCUCCACAGGCUGUGCAUCCAAGUCUUCCGAGCCCUGCGACAGCAGGAUAGGUUCUUCAAGGUCCGGGGCUGGGACCUGGUGCUCACGCUUGUAGUCAUGAACCUUGUCAUCACCGUCUUGUACUACCUUGUCUUCUUUGAUCAGGACGGAACUUGGACUCCGGGGCGGACGAGCUACUUGGGAUGA